UCGAGAGCAGCCAAUCAAAGGAGCUGCGCGCCUUCGGGGAUACCGGGCUGAUCCGCCGCGCAUGCGCAGGAGGGGAAUGAGGAGUGUGGAGGAAGCGGCGGCGGAGGCGGCAACGGCACGAAACUCGUGAUGGCAGAAUCCCUGGUUGUCUGCGAUGUGGACCCUGAGCUGGACGGGAAAAUCCAGAAAUUCCGUUUUCGCAAGGAAACCACCAAUGGCGCCAUCAUCAUGAAGAUUGACAAGGAGCGGAGGCUGGUGGUGCUGGAUGAGGAGCAUGAGGACAUCACACCCGAAGACCUGAGGGAGGAGUUGCCAGAGCGGCAACCUCGAUACCUUCUCUACAGCUACAAGUAUCAGCAUGAUGACGGGCGUGUGUCUUACCCACUCUGCUUCAUCUUCAUCAGCCCCCAAGGGUGCAACCCAGAGCAGCAGAUGAUGUACGCUGGCAGCAAGAACAAGCUCGUGCAGACAUCAAAGCUCUCCAAGGUCUUUGAGAUCCGUAACACGGAGGAGCUGACAGAGGAGUGGCUCCGGGAGAAGUUGUGCUUCUUCCGCUGACCAAGAGGGGAGAUGGGUGGGAGAGCAGGGCCCAGUGGCCCCUCCCAGAGGUCUCGUGCUGGGCCCCAUCAUUCCCCCUUCCGCACCAGCCGCUGUCCAUUGUCUAACUUGCUGCACGUUUUCUAACUUUUUACCCUUAAGGGACCAAAAGCUUUACGGGUAAUCAAGCCAUUAGCAAGCGCCAUUCUCGCCGCUUAGCGAGGAAUGGAGUCCGUGCUAGCGCUGCCUGGGUCACGUUCGGCCGAGGCUGAAGGUCGCCGGCAUGGCCAUUUGAUUUCUCCUGGGCCGACUGAUGCACGCGAAGGCAGCUUCUUAACGCUUUCCCCGAGCCCAUUUUGUAUUCAUGAUAGGGAGCAGAACCCACCACUGGCUUUUCUCACUGGAAUAAAUGUUGCAGGGAAA